GAGCAGCUUUCAUGCGUGGAGGCGGUUUAUGAACUACCGUAUCCGUUGUACAUUCCCGCCACGUGUAUGGACGACGAAUUUAUUCAAGCGGUAAUUCGUCUCGCCGCUGAGCCAUUUUGGACCAUUUGGUAGAAGCGUUCUGUGGUGAACAUUAUGAGAAUACACUGACAGGAACCAACGUUUUUCUCCCCCCCAAGUUUCACCAGAACCUCCUACAUCAGGAUGAAGGGACGGACGGGCGCUCCUCAGGACCGGGCCUGCUUAGUGGGAAUCAUUUUCUUCAUUCUGGGCCUGGGAACACUGCUGCCAUGGAAUUUCUUCAUGACUGCUUCACUGUAUUUCCAAGGUCGCCUGAACACAACGGAAUGGAGCAACGGCACAGUGGUAGUCCGCAAAGAGUACUACUUCAACAACUGGAUGACCCUGCUGUCCCAGCUGCCCCUGCUGCUAUUCACCCUGCUCAACUCCUUCCUGUACCAGAGGAUAUCGGAGGCAGUGCGUAUCGCAGGCAGCCUCGUUUUUAUCCUGCUGCUCUUCAUCCUCACAGCAGUGCUGGUCAAAGUGCCCAUGGAGGAAGACCGCUUCUUCUCCGUCACCAUGGCUACUAUCUGGUUCAUUAACUCGUUCGGUGCCGUGCUGCAGGGCAGUCUGUUCGGCCUGGUGGGUCUGCUGCCUCAGAAGUACAGCGCUAUCUUCAUGAGCGGCCAGGGCCUCGCCGGGACCUUCGCUGCCAUCGCCAUGCUGCUCGCCAUCGCCAGUGAUGCAGACUCCGAGUCGGCUGCUUUGGGUUACUUCAUCACACCUUGUGUGGGGACGCUGGUCACACUGUUCAGCUACCUGGUGCUGCCACGCCUGGAGUUUGCUCAGUAUUAUCUGAACAAAAGCUGCAAGUACGAGGCAGACACCACGGAUGAGCUGCUGAAAGGGGGCAGCACGGUGGAAAACGGGAAGCUGAACGGUCAUGCCAACGGAUCAGUGACUAACAGCUCAGCAAAGGGCAGCGGUGUGGCUGAGACCGAGGUGGAUCCCAGUCCAGACGGGAACAAGCAGGCCUUCCUGUCUCUGGAGCCGGUGGAGAAUCAGCAAGCCAAGGCCUCGGUUAUAGAGGUGUUUAAAAAGAUCUGGGUGAUGGCGUUCUGCGUGACGUUUGUGUUCACAGUCACUCUGUCCGUGUUCCCUGCUGUCACUGUGGAUGUCAAAACAUCAUUCCCAGGAAAAUGGGAGCGCUUCUUUAUCUCAGUGUGCUGCUUCUUGAUUUUCAACAUCAACGACUGGUUUGGUCGGACCGUCACCACACUGAUACGCUGGCCCAGCAAAGAAUCCCGUCUGUUCCCAGCGCUGGUGGUCUCCAGGGUGGUGUUCAUCCCUCUGCUGAUGCUCUGUAACGUCCAGAGUCGCUCCUACCUCCCCGUUCUCUUUUCCCACGAUGCCGCUUUCGCCAUCAUCAUGGCUCUGUUCUCUCUGUCCAGCGGCUACUUCGUCUGCCUUUCCAUGUCGUACGCACCGCAGUUAGUGGAGCAGAAGGACGCAGAGACCGCUGGAGCGCUGAUGACCUUCUUCUUGGCCCUGGGUCUGUCCAUAGGAGCCGCCCUCUCCUUCCCCCUCCGAACUCUGGUCUAGACACACCUGCAGAGCCGCUUGGACGUUGGAAUAUACUUACAAACACCCAAAGGAAGACGUGCGAGAAGUAGUUUAUCAUCAGUCUGCUCCUCCUGUACGAUCUUCUUGUUUAUUCCCCCUCUUCUGUCAGACAGUCCUGACAGGCACGGGCCCUCAGUGACGCUGUGACAAACACUGAUCAUGAAGCAAUCGACUGACAUGAUUCCCUUCAAGUACGAAUAAGGGAAAUACUUUAUGUUACUGUGGAUGACUGGUUGUUUAACCCGCUCCUAACCUACAAUGACAGGUUAGGAAAGAGUUCUUCUUUGUUAAGUUGGACUUUUUUUGUUGACUGUUUUACGUUUCUAUAUUUUUACUUUUAUUUAUGUUUACUUUAGCUUUGUUUAAAGUAGUAGUAGUAGUAGUAGGGCAUUACCUGCUGGAAAUCAUAUAGAUAAAGGGAAACCAUAGGAAGACUAAUAUAAUUCUUGAUAUGUUGCAGUCAAGAAGAAGUACUUGAUUUUGCCACAGUUAAGCUUUGUUUAUAUUCUGGUUGGCUUUUGAUAUGAGAUUUUUUUUUUAUUUCAUGGCUUGAAGAUUACAGUGAAUCUUUUUUUUGUUAGCUUGAUUACAUGAUAUAUUUUAGAUGUAUUUUCUUGCAAACAUUAUUUUGUUUUUUCUAAUGAAUCUAUUGAAAUAGCUCUAUGUUACAGAUGUAGAACAAAGAAAGACUUUCUUGUAAUAUUGUACUGUAACUUACAAAUGGUAGGCUAAUGACCUGCCCUAGGGACAUGGAUGGAUGACUGAACAAGCCAACUGGGCAAAGUCUCAGGGGACAAGAGCUUCUAUUGAAGGUCACUGUUGACAUUUUAUGUUCAGAGAGAUGCAAGACUACCAUAAAGCAGCUGAAAACAACCCUGACGAGAUGGAAAAAUGAACUUCAAAGAGACACAAAGGAGUACUAAGAACACAACAAAGUACUAAAAAGAGAUGGAAGCAACUGAGCGUGAUACAAAACAAUCAGACACAAACAACUACAGAGACUCAAACCAACUAUAAGUAGACUUAAAACAAUCGCAAAGUGACACAAAACAACCACAGAGACGUAAAGCAACAAGAUAAAGACUCAAAACAACAAAAAAAGAGACUCGAAACAAACACAAACAAACCUCAUUCGCUGCAUUAUUCAUAGUCAUUUGUUUAGGUCCAGGGGUCUUGCUGCUAUGUAGCUGGACUGAGGGGGCCCAAAAUAACAGCAAAAACUCUCAAAACAAUCACAAAGAGACUCAAAACAACUAUAAAGAGACUUCAAACAAUCGCACAGACAAAGAACAACCACAAAGAGGCUCAAAACAACCACAAAGAGACUCAAAACAACCAGAAAUCAGCUGCAUUAUUCACAGUAAUUUGUCUCUUUAGGUCUGGGGGUCUUGCUGCUAUGUAGCUGGGUUGGGGGGCCCUUUAACAUCUAUGUGUCUAGUGGCCAGUUGCCUCAUAACCAUCCAUCCAUGUCCUCAGGGCAUUUUGUCCCCUCCUAGUUUCCUCUACAAACCUGCAGCACCAGCAAGUGGGCUACUACUGCCAUCUACUGGUCAGGAAAAAUCAUUCUUUACAACCUCAAAGUUCAACAUGCUGAAACACAGUUAGGACAUAGGACGGUACUCUGGAAUCUAGAGCUCGGACGCCAACUCUUGGCUCAACUUGACAAAUAGGUUUACUUUAGUUUCUGGAAAUCUUCAGCUGCAGUUCGAUUGGUGGACGAACCAACAGACUGCCACCUUCUUUACAGUGAGCCAUUGAUUCACAAUCUAAUCAGAUGUGAUUAUUUGAGUGAUUGUGGGGGAGAAGAAAAAAAAAAUGUUACACUGCACAUGCAGAGAACUGACUUUAUUUAGUAUUGUACAGCUGUUGUAUGGACCAUUUAACUGUGUCAAAUAGUAUUGGGUUUUGUCGACAUUGUAGACCAAUGUGCCAUGCUCCAAUGACAAGUUGUUUUCACAUUUUAGUGCACACAUGUACGAAAAUUACCAUUGUAGCUCCAGACUGGUGUAGGUGUUCUUAUGUUAUAGCUCCACAAUCACCAUCACACUCAAUUUAUAUGGCAAAUGCUGCAUUUAUUUAUUUAUUUGUUUUUAUUUUUUAUUUUUUUCCCCACUGAAUCUAUAUAGGAAGAGUUUCAUUUAGCAGCUGUACUGUGUUUGAAGAGACGGGUCGUGACGGCUGCUGCUUUAAAAUGAACCAAGGGCUGAGACCUACAGGAUAAUGGUGUUUUGUUUUGUUUUGUUUUGUUUUUUUUGUACUUUUAAAGUGUGACUUCAUUUAUGCAAAGUGGGAAAUGGACCAACCUAGCAAGCAGUUGUCAUGGCAACCAUGGAUCAUAUGAGAUCCUGAAUUAAAAUGCAGUUGAUGCUGACUAAAAUUUGAACACUUCUGAUUCAUCAAGGAGCUAAAGUGACCCACAUUUCUGACAUCUUGUCAAUGCAGCAUCAGCAGUGGAGGGUGUGGUCAUGUUGUAGUGACCUCAGGACCCUCACUGCUGAAUUCUAUACCAUAAUUCCAUAACAGGUCGAAAAUACUGACUUAAAAUGAUGAGAUAUGGCCAAUUCUCAGGCUGUAUGUACAAUAUGUAGUUACAGGUCUGUCAUAAUCAGCCUUAAUCAUGUAUCUCAAUUUAAAAUGUUGUGUUGAUUUAAAUACAAGCUGCUGUCGGCCUCCUUGUGCUAAUGAGUCUGUGCUUGUGUUGCUAAUUGCAGAUUAGCAAAAUGUUUGUAGUCCAGGCAAUUCAGUGUUUGGAAAAGAGUUUUUUUUUUUUUCUCCAUCGCAAUAAUGUGUCAUCCCACUGUUUUCGACCACAACAUCGCUACAUGACCCAUUGCGUGCAGUUCACUUGUACUCCUUAUAAACAGAUGUUGUCAGAGGAUCCUCACUGAUGAGUUGCAGUAAAGGGAACUCAUGCCUGUGCAUGUUCAUGAUGUAUCUGUACAGACUGUCAAUAAAUGGAUGAUUCCAACCAACUUUGAUGAAAAAAAAAAA